GCAAGCUUGUUACCUACUUGUUACCUGCUACUUCUUGUGCAGAUUCUAGGGCUGUCAACAUGGGCAAUGCAAAGGUUCAGGACCUGUCCUAUUACUACAGACAGGAUGAGGGCUCUGGAAUUCUAUCAAAAACCUUUCAGUCCAGCGAGCAACUGACCCCACUACAGAUACCCCAUCGUCACACCGUUUCACAGGACAGAUAUCGCCAGUACUGGGAAAAUGCCCCUAAAGUUCCCAGGUGCCUGUGGGGGAGAGACAGGGAGUAUGCUGGGAUUGGUCCAAUAUCAUUACCAGAAGAUCACCGUCCCAAAAUGGAGCCUCCCCCCGUGGUGAUGAAAGGACAUCGGCACCACGGCUAUGGAGGAGAUGUUUGGCCAACGAGUGUUACAAUUCCACAGUAUUAUGAUCUCACUAUGAUGAAGAAAAGCAAUGUCCGAACCAACGACCAACUAGUUCCUAAACCGCCUGAUGCUGAACUUCAUGAAAAACAGAUACACCUUCAAUUCCCAGCAGAGCACCCCUACCAGUCCCACAUCUCCAGGUUUGCUGUGUUUCCAAACUUCAAAUCUCCGGAUGAUCCAGACACGGGGGUCCGUGCCAGGAACAUGCAGCCCAUUCAACCCUUCACACCUGCAAAGGCUCCUGAUGUCAUAGUGCUCAGCAAAACAAGAGGUACACUUUGUGGUCCAUACAGACAUGAAAUUGUUGAGAUACCUUCUGCUUCAAACAAGAAAGGUCUGAUUUGGCCUGGGCAAUAUGGCUAUUAUGAUCUUCCCAUGUUGUGUUUCGGCCUAGCUAUACAGUUUUUUGUUUUGUUUUGUUUUUUUAAUUACUGUGGUGUGAUUACUGUGGUAAUUCCAUUGAAAAUGCAGAACUAUGUUAUUAAAUCUACUUUUCUCAAUUUGUGCCUGAUCUUUCAGUUCCCUAAAUCAGCUGAGGGGUUAAAACAAGUUUACUACCCGAAGCCACCAAAGACUGUGGCCCCUAAUGCCUCUUUGAGAUCCUGGGAGACCACACUUCCAGAAAAGACAGUUAACAUGCUAAAGAAUCUUGAGAGAUCUCAGUGGCUAACCUCAUACAAACUUAAUUACACAGGACGUGGCCCCAUGAACCCUGUGCAGCUGGAUGACUACCAUGAAAAGAUCAUUGCAGAUGUUACCGGAGAAAUAAACCCAUACACAGCUGAACUGAAAGAGCGCUCCUGCCCAGUCUUCUCUCCACCACGUCCUCGAGAAGGCAGAUACUCCCGGUUGCUUCACGGUCUCCGGAAGUUGGAACCCCAUCCCACAGAAUACAAUAAAAGUGUUAAUGAAGCCAGGAGUAAGAGCUGCAAGCCUGAAGGACAGUACAUAGCCUUUGACAAGAAACAUCCAACAGAGAGGCCUACAAGUGUUGGCUUUGAGCGCACUGAAGAGGUUCAGCCACCUAGACCUGAUGUGUGCUAUGAGGACCUGUCGUGUAGUGGAAAAGAACAUUAUACAGUGGAGCCACAUCCGUGUAGCCUCAACCAAUCAUACCUGUGGUCAACUUUUAAAAACCCUUUGCAUUGGAAAGCGCCAAUCAGUGAAGUCCCUCUUCAAGAUGCUGUCUAUCCAAGUACCUUCCAUCUUACUGAGUGUGAGCAGAGGCCUGCUUCUGUCAGGUUGCAUGCAGCUAUUAAAGAAAGUGGUAGUGAAGUGCCCCGCCCCCAGACUGCAAUACUGAAGCUGCAGGACUCCUUCACAAAGUCUGGUGCACACAGGAGAUUCCAUGAGGCCAUUAAAGGGGAAAUGAUGGAUCUGCGAAAAAAUAUUCACACUGGGAGAAGGCAUAACUUCUUUGGUUUUAACUCUUACUAUUACCACUAGUAACAGAGAUAUAAAUUCACAACAACAAAAAAAAUGCAUAUGUUUGACAGAGGGAGAAGAUCUAAUUCAUUAUAAUGCAUGGAAAAUAUAGUACUACAAUGCAGACAAAAAGUCAUAAUGAUUGUUCUGAAAAAAGGGAUGGUAUAAUUUUUUUU